AUGGGAAAGAUCAGCCAGGAAGAUGUUACGGCUAUCUUGGAAAGGCUGCUUAAUGAGGACAAAUCUGCAGCAUUUGAUAUGGCCUAUGAUGAUACCAGAGAAUCCUUGAUUGGAAAUUCAGUUGACGCUUCGAAUCAUCCCGAGGACAAGAACAAUGCACUAAUAGUCUUGGCUGCAUACCUUGGUGUAGGAAGUUUUUGUUUCUUUCUCCUGAGGAACCAAAUCUCGGGCAAGAAGAUGAAUGGUCUACUUGAUGCCCUUUACUUUUGCGUUGUUACCAUGACUACUGUGGGAUAUGGAGAUCUCGUCCCAAGUAGCACAUUGGCAAAACUUCUAGCCUCAACAUAUGUUUUCACAGGAAUGGCUCUUGGUGGGCUGAUACUGGGCAAAGCAGCCGAUUACAUUCUUGAAAAGCAGCAAGUUCUUCUAGUAAGAGCUACGCAUAUCAAUGACAUGGUUGGUCUGGCUGAAAUCCUGAAGGAGGUCGAAACCUACAAAAUCAGAUACAAUUUCCUCAUUUCCCUCGUUCAUGUCGUGGUCCUCACUGUACUUGGAACCGUGUAUAUGUUGGUCACCGAGAAAUUUAAAUUUGUUGAUGCUUUCUAUUGUGUUUGUGCUACUAUUACUACUCUGGGCUAUGGAGAUCAAAGUUUCUCGACCACCAGUGGCAGAAUCUUUGCCGUGUUUUGGAUACUGGCUAGUACCAUUUGCGUGGGUCGGUUUUUCUUCUACCUUGCUGAACUGUGCACAGAAAGUAGGCAAAGAUCGUUCACAAAAUGGGUUCUCACACGAAAUCUUACAUUCUUCGAUUUAGAGGCUGCUGAUCUUGAUGAUGACAAAGUUGUCAGCGCUGCAGAGUUUGUUGCAGACAAGCUAGAGGAAAUGGGAAAGAUCAGCUGGGAAGAUGUUACCACAAUCUUAGAAAGGUUCCAGAAUCUCGAUGUCAUCACUCUGGAGCUUUGACAACCUCUGAUUUAAUUCAGUCCCGAAA